UUAAUGAUAAUUGCAUUGUUUUAGAAUGUUCCUCAACAGUUGACUGGCUCUGUGGACUGUGGGAUCUUCAUGCUGAUGUAUGCUCUGCACAUGGUCUUUGAGGCACCCUUUGAUUUUACAGCUUCGGAUUUUCCUCUUAUUCGAAAAUGGUGGUGCCUUAUUCUCAUGGAGAAUUUUGCCAUUGAAAGGAAACAUGCUGCCGUUGAUGUGCAGGAGCCUAAAGCACAAGAAGACUCUGAAAUCGGCGACAAGGAACCACAGAUGGUCAAAGACCUCAGGACCGCAGUUGGAUGGCUGCGGAACAACUGCCACUCCUUCAGAGGUUUUGUGCAAGAGCCGUCAUAUCUGGACCUAGAGAAGGAAGACCAGGAAGAGGCCCUUCUUGAACUUGAUCGGGCAGAAGGAAAAGAUGCUCUGGAACUGGCCAAAGAGCCUUUCAUGUUUCGGUUCCAGUUUCAACAGGACAUGGAAGUUUUUCUUUUAAAAUGUCACGAUGAAAGGCACCUCAGAAUAAACUCCAAGUCUAUGGAGGUUCAAUUUAUGUUAUUUAUUUUUCUCUUGAGAGUUAUUGUUUUCAAAUUUGUGCCUGUAUAACUUUUAUAAGAUUUA